AUGUCUAAAUCUAAUUUUUUGAUAAAAAUUUACUCCCCUCUUUUAUCAUCAUGGCUUCGGGAAAGGAAAAUUGCGGCACAAAUAGCCGAAUUAUCAUAUCAUGCUCCAACGGAUAUUGAUCCGGAAGAAUUUGGCGAAACAUUUCGUACACAUGGAUUUGAUCAAAUUGAUGAUGAUGGAGAAAAUGAAAAAGUAGAAAAGGAUAUGGGAAGAGAACAUUAUAUUUCAGUUGGAAAAAGUAAACUUCGGCACAACCUGUUAAUUUUGGAUGAUCCAAAGUAUGCUGGAAAACAUAGUAAUAGGAAAGAUAUAUUUUAUUCCAAUGACAUUUCGGACAGUGAAGAUAUCCAAACUAUUGACAAAUGGAGCAAUAAGGUCCAAAUCGCUUCAGGUAUACCGCUAAAUAAAAAGUUCAAAGCUAUUAAUCAAGAUGUAAACACACAAAUCGAACAAAUUUUACAAGAUAAAGAAAGAUUGAUUAAUAGAACACAAUUGAAAAGAAAUUUAGAUAAAAUUUUAGGAAAGAAAGAUUAUGACGAACCUAAUAAAGAUAUAAAGAAACACGACGAACAUCUUUCAAAUUAUGAUGUUGAAAUAUUUGAUGACACUGAUUUUUAUCAGCAGCUUUUGAGAGAACUUAUAGAAAGUCGCAUGAUUGAUACAGACGAAACUAGUUUGAAUGAUUUGAGAAUCAUUGGAUAA